AUGAAACUCUCGUUCUCGCUGGGUGCCAAGAAGGCACAGCAGCCCGUCGGCGAAAAGCCUGCCAUCAAGGCGCCCUCCGCGUUCGCCGCGGCCGACGACGACACCCUCGACGCGGCGCCGACGGCCUCGGACAAGGGCGGCGGCGCCUCGGCGAACAAGCAGUUGCUGGCGCGGAAUGUGGUGGUGUCGCAGGCGAUGAAGCGGCGGAUGGAGGCGGAGAAGAAGGUGGACGAGACGGUGUUCGAGUACGACGAGGUGUGGGAUAAGAUGCAGGAGGCGAAGGCGAGGCAGAAGUUGGCGAAGGAGGAGGACGCGAAGGUUCGGAAGCCGAAAUAUAUCGGAGGGCUUCUGGCGACGGCGCAAACGCGAAAGCUGGAUCACCUACGGGCGGAGGAGAAGAUGAUCCAGCGGGAGCGCGAGCUGGAGGGGGACGAGUUCAAGGAGAAGGAGCAGUUCGUGACGCAGGCGUACAAGGAUCAGAUGGCCGAGGUGAGGCGAGCGGAAGAGGAAGAGAAGAAACGGGAAGAGCUGGAGAGGAAGAAGCGGGGAGGCGCCCCGGGCGGACUCGCGCACCUGUACGCGCAACUGUUGAACGAGUCCGAGCAGCAGCAUCAGGAGACGGUCGCGGCGACCAUGCAACCGGAGAUCAAGGAGCCGCCGCGGCGGUCCGGAAUCAUCGGGCCCGCGGCGCCCAACCUGACGAUCGUCAAGCCCCCCGAACUGACGGCGCCGUCCGACGUCGAGCUGGCGCGGAUCGCGCGGGGGCAGGGGAAGAGCGUGGAGCUGAACGACGACAACCAGAUCGUGGACAAGCGCGAGCUGCUGUCGGCCGGGCUGAACCUCGCGGCGCCGAACACGCGCAAGCUCGGGUUGGUCACGAAGAACAAGAAGGGGGGUGGCGGGGAGGGAGGAGGGGGAGGGGAGGUGCAGGCGCAUCGGGCGGUGGGCGCGGCGGCGUCGAAGCGGGAGAUCGACGAGCGGAGGCGGAGGGAGAUCGUGAAGCAGAUGGAGGAGGAGAAGUACCGGGCGAGAGAGGAGAGGGAGAAGGAGGAGGCGGAGAGGCAGGCGAGGAUCGUGGCGAAACGGAAUACGGAGGAGGACGUGAUGAGCGCGAAGGAACGGUAUUUGGCGCGGAAGAGGCGGAAGUUGGAGGAGCAGCAGGCGGCGGAGGCGGCGGCGGCCACGGCGACGGAGGCAGCUGCUGUCUCAUGA